CCAACCCUGCCCCCACCCUCACUGUGUCACCCUCCCAGGCAGAUAGCAGACGUAGGAGCGGUGCCCUGCUCUCAGCGCGCCCUGGCGAAGACUACAAGGCGCUUCUAAACGGAAACAGACGUGACGCGCAGAGGGCCCAGCGGUUGCUUCGUCUGCAGUGCAACGACUCGACCAAGGAACAAAGAUCGCCAUCCGCCUGACCCUCGGUCGUUUUCCUUUCGUAUUUCAUCCGCGUGAAUUACCGCGUUUCAAAAAGAAAAAAAAUCAAAGGAAAGCUUUAUAGUUCAGGAAAUGGUACUUGGUUGUGUCGUGUUGGGUGGGUGUCCAUGGGAAUUAGUGUCAUCGGGGCGGGUACUUGAGUGUAACAGACAAGUCAGGUCCUACUAAAACUGUUAAUUCCGACGUCUAUAACUGAUCCGCGAGUGCAUUAAAGGAUAUACAAUCAUUGAAACCAAACUACUCUUGGUAAGUUAAAAGGACAUUACAAAUACUUCCCUGAAAAAAUAACCAUUGUCGCGCUUUGAUCUGCGUACCUCCGAACAAGUAAAAGGAGCCGACUGAAAUCAUGCUCACUCGUAAACACAUGUGAUUCCUUAGUUACGAGCUCUCUGGACGAUAAUACGGACGUGUCCUGAGUUCUGCGAGUGAGAAUGACAGGGUUCCCGAGUACAAAGCGCGGCGUGGCAGUGCAGGCGAGCGAUGAGAGGAAGCGGGUAGGGUGAGCCCGCCUGUUGCAUCAGUGCAAAAACAACAGAACCUGUAAGUGUAAUAGUCUCGAAAGAAGAUGGUUGCGUAAAAAGUGCCGUUAAAAACAAAAGGACUGAGGGAGAGGAAUUAACGGUCAUUAGGUUACAGAUCAAGGCGUAAGAAGAAACAAUCAAAUGUAACCUCGUGAAAGCAAAACAGGAAGGUGUCAACACCAUCGACGCUAUACGAAAGAGCGCUGUCAUCUUUUUGUGUUGGACGAGAAUGAAGACCCAGCCAAGCAAGCGCGUGGCUUUCUCGCCACUGCCAGACGAAGACAAGGACGCAGACGAACAAACCGUCGCGGAAAAGGACGCCGACGGCCUUGUAUCGGAAAGACCACCGAGCAUCUGCAAGUUCACGUGGUGGAAUGAGCUCGUGAUAUGGUUUUCCAUGAUCUUCUACGUGGCCGACCUGUGCCUGGACCUGUGGGUGUGCGUGGCCCACUUCAAGGCGCGGUUACCCAAGUCGGGAUGGUUUAUCUUCUUCUGCAUCCUGCUUCCUAACCUCUACGCUGGGUACAAGUCGCUGCAGUGGUACCUCAGAGCGCACGCCAUCACCCCCCUGCGAAGGCCUCUGGUAUGGAUCAUCCGGGUCUUUUUCUUCCCUAUCAGUCCCCUCCUCAGGUACAUAGACGCUCUGAUGUAUGGCUACCAAGCCCGUCAGGCGUGGAAGCAAGGCAACCUCCCGAAGGAACGCAAGAACUUCGAGAACUACCUGGUGGAGAGCGCGGAGGUGGCCAUGCUGCGCCUCGUCGUCAUAUUCCUCGAGGACGCGCCCAUCGUCGUCCUCAACCUCACCGAACUCAUCAAGACGCCACCCAGCGAAUGGACAGACAUCCAGGAGGGCAAGCCUGACCCGGAAUUCGUCCGCCUGGGUUCGGUCGUGGCCAAGCUCGCGUGCACCAUGACCCUGGGCGUCGUGCACUACAUGUCGUGCAACAAGUUGGCGUGGCACUUAGCCAACACCCAGCAGCAGGACCGGCAGAUGCAACAGCAGGAGGAGGAAGAGGACGCUGCCGCAGGGAAGAGACACAAGCAGCCUUGGGAAAAGAAAGGAGUGCUAUCGUGGGCAGCGGAGUUCGCUAUCUACUGCUGGCAGCUUCUGUCCAUCGGUUCUCGCGUCGUGGCCUACGCCCUCUUCUCGGUGGUCCACUUCCGCCUGCUGUGGGUCCCCAUCAUGCUGCGCUGGAUGAUCCACUCCGUGUGGAUCUUCUUCGACGUGCGGGAGAUGUCCAUCGUGAACUCGAUCGCCUUCGGGGGCGUCUACCUCUUCUCGUUCGUCACCACGUCGCCCGGGCGCCAGAUCCUACGAAUUCUCCUGUAUUACGUCAUCACCUUCGGCGAAAACAUAAUCAUCGGAAUCCUGUGGAGUUACGGCGCGCCGAACAACUACUUCCAAGAGGCCGGUUUGGGCGUGAUGUUCGGGGGAGCGGCUGGCGGCCUGCUGUUCCUCACGCUGUACUACGGCUGCUUCCACCCCGACAAGGCCUCGACGUGGGGCUGGCAGUGGCUGCGCGAACGGAGGGCGCAGAGGCCGCAGCGAUCGGCGGUGGUGUAGAGGGCGCGGGCGGGAAGGAGGGAGGGGGCGCGGGCUUAAGGGUUUUCCUGGCGCAUUUUAUAAUUUAGAUACCAAUUUAGAUAUGUAUUUUUGAUACGCACAGUUACACACGCACGCGCGCGCGCGACACACACACACACACACACACACACACACACACACACACACACACACACACACACACACACACUCACACUCACAC